AUGCUUACAAUGAAGAAGCAAAAUGUGCGCACCCUCUCGUUGAUCGUCUGCACGUUCACCUACUUGCUCGUCGGCGCCGCCGUCUUUGACGCUCUGGAGAGCGAGUUCGAGGAGUCGAAGCGGAAGGAUUUGGAGCUGGAGGAGAACGAGAUACGGGACCGGUACAACAUCACGGAGCCCGACCUGGAGCGCCUCCGGAAGAACAUCAUCCGGUCGGUGCCCUACAAGGCCGGGACCCAGUGGAAAUUCGCCGGCGCCUUCUACUUUGCUCUGACGGUCAUCACGACCAUCGGUGAG